UAUUUUAGUAUAAAAAAAUCGUUUCUUUUUAUCCUUUUCUCCAUCACCAAGAGAAAAAGAGUGAAGAAAAGAUGAUCCUUUGUCAGUUUCAAAGACCUCAUCCAUGGCUGUUGUCCCCGAGGCUCACUCAAACAUCACCAUCUUCUUCAACAAGUAGAAUACACGGCAUUAGAGGCUCGAAGAAUAUGAUAUUUUUCCGGAGAUCAGAACUGUGCUUCUUUUGGUUGCACAAUUCUUCAUCUAACAUGUGUAACUUUAUGCACAACAGAGGAAAACAGAAAGUUACUUGUCCAAAAGCAACUGAUAAGUCGGACAGCAUUUCAAAUAACCCAAAUGUCAAAUUCUUUAGGAUGGACCUACAGAAUUGUUCUCGGGGUCAUCAAGCUAAACGGAUCAGUGGGGUUUUCUCGGCAUUUUUCUUACUAAGACUAAUGCAGUUAGAUUUUGCCAACACAUUAAUAAAGAUGGUCCAAGACUUAUUUCCUCAUCUACUUCGAACUUUGGCGGCUAGAAGCUUACCCCUUGCCUGCAUAUCUAAUUCCUUGAACAAACCAACACCUCUUAGCUUGAACGUCGCCUUGCCUUCGAUUCAAGAUAUUAAAUGGAACUUCUCUCGGUUAAACUAUUUAUUUAACGUUCAACUGGAGAAAAAUAUUGCGACGUUUCUUGUGGCUCUCCUUCUAGCAUGCUUCUCAUUUGUUAUUAUCGGUGGUUUGCUCUUCUUCAAGUUUAGGAAAACUACACGAUCUCUUGAGGAUUGCUGCUGGGAGGCGUGGGCAUGCCUGAUUUCAUCGUCAACCCAUUUAAAACAAGCAACACGUGUAGAACGUGUUAUUGGCUUCGUUCUUGCUUUAUGGGGCAUAUUAUUUUACUCUCGGUUAUUAAGCACAAUGACAGAACAAUUCCGAAACAACAUGCAAAAAAUCCGGGAAGGUGCACAAAUGCAAGUUUUAGAGAGUGAUCAUAUCAUCAUUUGUGGUGCAAAUAGUCGCCUUGCUUUCAUACUACAGCAGCUAAAUAAUUAUCAUGAAUUUUCCGUUCGUUUAGGCACUGCUUCAGCCAGGAGGCAAAGAAUUCUUCUCAUGUCUGAUCUUCCGAGGAAGCAAAUAGACAAGCUGGCAGAAAACAUUGCCAAGGAUCUUAAACAUAUUGAUAUCCUUUCAAAGAGUUGUAGCCUUACUUUGACAAAAUCAUUUGAAAGAGCAGCAGCUAAUAAGGCGCGUGCCAUUAUCAUUCUUGCAACAAAAGAACAUCAGUUCGGAGUUGAUACAGAUGCAUUUCUCUCUGUACUGGCGCUUCAACCUAUUCCCAAGAUGGAAACCAUCCCCACAAUUGUCGAGGUUUCGAAUUCCAAUACAUGUGAGCUCUUGAAGUCAAUCUCCGGACUGAAAGUGGAGCCGGUGGAAACUGUCGCUUCUAAACUAUUUGUUCAAUGUUCUCGGCAAAAGGGGCUAAUAAAGAUCUACAGGCACUUGCUUAAUUAUCGAAAAAAUGUGUUCAGUCUUCACCAUUUUCCAAGUCUAACUGGGUUGACGUACAUGCAAAUACGACAAGGUUUCCAAGAGGCUGUUGUUUGCGGUGUUUAUCGGAAUGGUAAGAUAUAUUUCCACCCCAGAGAUGAUGAAAUUCUACAGCAAACUGACAAAAUAUUGUUAAUUGCCCCUAUUAACAUUACAACAAAACAACUUACAUUGUCCGAUGUCAUAAAAGAUGAAACCGACAUGCCAAAAGAUUUGGAGGUUCCUGAAAACAAUGUAGAGAAUGCUUUAGAAUUGAGAAAAGAGCGGAUGUUAAAUAUUAUGAAACGUACCAAAAGACGAGCAGCAAAGGCAUUGGACCAAAGUCUAGGGCCUAAAGAAUGCGUACUUUUGCUCGGGUGGCGGCCGGAUGUUGUACAAAUGAUUGAAGAGUACGAUAAUUAUCUUGGACCUGGAAGCUUGUUGGAAAUAUUAUCGGAUGUACCAUUAGACGAAAGGAAGAAGGCAAGCUUCAUGUCCAGUCAAAGAACGUUAGAACAUGUCCAGGUUAACCAUAGGAUCGGGAACUCGAUGAAUUAUGAUACCUUACAGGAAACCAUAAUGAAUAUACAAAACUCCUUCAAGAGUGGGGAACAUAUUCCUUUUUCUAUUGUUGUGAUUUCAGAUAGAGAAUGGCUUCUCGGAGAUCCAUCAAGGGCAGACAAGCAAUCUGCAUACGCGCUUCUUCUUGCAGAAAACAUUUGCAACAAACAUGGAGUGACGGUGCAAAAUCUAGUCGCAGAGAUUGGCGACUCGAAAUUGGGCAAACAAAUUACAAAGCUCAAGCCGAGCUUGACGUAUAUUGCAUCAGAGGAAGUGAUGAGUCUCGUAACGGCUCAAGUAGCCGAACACAGUGAACUAAAUGAGGUUUGGAAAGACAUUUUGAAUGCCGAAGGUGACGAAAUAUACGUGAAGGAUAUUAGCUUCUACAUGAAAGAAGGGGAGAACCCGUCGUUCGUGGAGCUAUCGGAAAGGGCAUGUUUGCGACAAGAAGUUGCCAUCGGAUAUAUAAAAGACAACAAGAAGGUUAUUAACCCCUCUCUUAAAUCCAAACCUCUGUCCUUAGAAAUGACGGAUUCAUUGAUUGUCAUAUCAGAGUUUGAAGGAGAGCAACCUGUUGUUGUUUAAAAUCUAUUGUCUUGUUCUU